AUGGAACAUAACGACCUUAUGGGAGAAGACAACACACGAACAACUUUUGGAUUUUCUAGCAUACAUGAUUAUGAGGACCAGGACUAUCCUUACGGACUGCCUAAUUACCUCUAUACAAUCCAGAACAAUAGCAACAACAGCACUACUUCCACCAAAUCCAAAGACUCAAUAAUUCGACUCCGACACGUAAUAUUAUCUUUGUUGUGCUCUGGAUUCCAUGUAAUUGCUGUUGGUACUUUAGUGGGUAUAGCUUAUAUCAAUCUCACUAACCCAAACCUUGGCAAUAUCAGUAAGAAUCAGCUAGGAGUUUUACCUCUUAUUUAUCUAGGAGUAUCUGCUGCUUUGCUUAUUGUUUACUUUAGCUAUCUCAUUACUCGGCUUAUUAUUGAAUGCAAGACUACAAAGCAACGAGUCCUUGGAGUCAUUCGAUUCAGUUUGCCCUUUCUUGUAGUUUUAACUAUCAUGAUCACUUAUUUGAUAUCCUACUUUGCCACUUCUAGCAUCAUAUCGUUCCAGAAUUCGGUUAUGGACAUCAUGGGAUACAAGCAUGCUUUUACUAUCUCUUUUGUAAUAGUGGCGAUUUUACUUGUCACAUAUCUUGUGGAGCUAGGCCGGCGUCUCUUUAGCAAGAACCGCAACACAUCCCGAUCUAAAUUCGUGACUGUUCUGACCGGUCUAAUGUGUCUACUACUCAUAGCACUCGCUGUUUCCUUGGCGACCCCUUACAUUCUCUACUCAAACUAUCCCAACUUCAUCCAGAACAGCCAUUAA